UUUUCAAUGGAAAAAGAAGCAAAAGCUGCUUCUUUAGAUGGUCCGAAGCCAAACGAACAAAACCCAUCUUUGGUGGAGACAGAGAUGGCCAGAAACUCAGUGUCAUUGGCUCCUCCAAAGCCAUCAUGGCUCACUCCAAAGAUGUACUUUUUUUGCUUUGUUUGCUGUGUUUUUCAGUUUCUGAUUUCUGUCUGUUUGGUUGCUAUAGGGAAAGUGAAGAAGAAGGGAUGGUUUUGUUUCUUUGUAGGGUUGUUGGAUAUAGUGUAAAGAUCGAAAUUUUGGUUAUGACUGUGGUUGUUGAGUAUGCACAUUAUGUAAUAUCGUUUGGUUUCUGAGGGGCUCAAGUUUAUUUUAGUGGAAUGAAGUUUCAUGAUUGAGUUCAAUUGAAUUCUGUUGUUUGGUAGAUGACUAGAAACCCAGUGUCAUUGGCUCCUCCAAAGCCAUCAUGGUUCACUCAAAAGAUGCUACUAGCUGUUUUCUGCAUGAUCAACAUGUUGAAUUAUGUGGAUCGAGGAGCAAUUGCGAGCAAUGGGGUGAAUGGGAGCCAUAGAACUUGCACAAGUGGCACGUGCACAGCUGGUAGUGGAAUACAGGGGGAGUUUAACUUAAACAAUUUUGAAGAUGGUUUUCUAUCAUCUGCUUUCAUGGUUGGGCUGCUGGUGGCUUCUCCGAUAUUUGCAUCAUUGGCGAAGAGACUUAAUCCAUUUAGGCUUAUUGGAGUUGGAUUGUCAGUUUGGACAUUAGCUGUAAUAGGCUGUGGUUUUUCAUGGAAUUUCUGGUCCAUUACAGUCUUUCGCAUGCUAGUUGGUGUAGGGGAGGCUUCGUUUAUUAGCCUUGCAGCCCCAUUUAUUGAUGAUAAUGCUCCAAUUUCCCAGAAAACGGCAUGGCUUGGAAUGUUUUAUAUGUGUAUACCAACAGGCUAUGCAAUCGGCUAUGUUUAUGGUGGCUUGGUGGGAAGCCAUUUUAGUUGGCGUUAUGCAUUCUUCGGAGAGGCAAUACUGAUGUUUCCAUUUGUUGUUCUAGGUUUUGCUAUGAAGCCCUUGCAGCUGAAAGGUUUUGCUCAUGUAGAAUCAAAGAAAGCACUGACCAAUAUAGAGACAGCUCUUCCCGAAAGCCAAGAUGUGGAAGUAGAAGUUACAACUGCUAAAAGCCCCACGUCCAUGAAGGAAGAGGUGGAUAAUAAAAUCUCAAAUAAAUCUUCCAAGUCAAAAAAUAGUAAUAUGUUUAAAGACUUGAAAGCUCUUUUGAUAGAAAAGGUUUAUGUUGUCAAUGUUCUAGGUUAUAUAGCAUACACUUUCGUCAUAGGGGCAUACUCGUAUUGGGGACCUAAGGCUGGUCGUAGCAUCUAUAACAUGAGUGAAGCAGAUAUGAUCUUCGGUGGAAUUACUGUUGUCUGUGGCAUAUUGGGCACACUAGCAGGAGGUUUUAUUCUGGAUUAUAUGAAAUCGACAAUCUCUAAUGCUUUUAAGCUUCUUUCAGUGGCAACAUUUAUUGGGGCAAUAUUUUGUUUUGGUGCCUUCUGUAAUAAGAGCUUGUAUGCUUUCCUUGCUCUUUUCUCCAUUGGUGAACUAUUCGUCUUCGCCGUUCAGGGUCCUGUAAAUUUCAUAUGUCUCCAUUGUGUUAAACCAAGUCUGAGACCACUAUCUAUGGCUAUAUCUACUGUUUCUAUUCACAUCUUUGGAGACGUUCCUUCCUCGCCGCUUGUCGGUGUUCUCCAGGACCGUGUUAACAAUUGGAGGGAGACUUCUCUUAUUCUUACGGCCAUACUGUUUCCAGCAGCAAUGAUAUGGUUUAUAGGAAUAUUUCUGCACAGUGUGGAUAGAUUUGAUGAAGAAAGUGAGCAUCAAGUGACUAGGAUUGAAAGGUCAAACACAACACCUUUGCUUCAAGAGAGAAAAGAAGAAACAACAGAGAUCUCUGCACAACCAUAGUAAGGUUUUUACAGUGUUCUGAAUUAGUUUUGGAGGAAUGUCGAUUAGUUGAUUUCAUUUUUUCAUGUAAAUAAGGUCCCUCUAGUUUGAGCAGAAUGUGUUUAUGUUAUUAGCAUAGUUAGGGCAAAGGAAUACAAGCUAAUUCAAAAACUUUCGCACCUUUGGCAAUUCAUAAAAUAGUUAACACAAAAAAUAUUUGAUUGAUUUGUCAUCUAUAGAGGUGGAUCUGAUUGGCAUUGGUUUGAUUCAAACAAGUCAAUCUUAAACUAGAGUUUUAACUCAACAGUUUAAUUCAUUUAUCAUUUUGGUGA